GUCAAUAUUGUCCAAGUCGAAGUGUCAACCAAUGAACCAAUUAUUGUUUGUCUAGGUUAUGUUUAUUAUGUUGGAAAUGCUACAAUUAUUAAUUAUCCGAGCUUAAAACUUGACCUUUUACUGAGGUAUCUGAUGAAACUUCAUGAAAACUUAGCCUCUGAUACACACUGAGUUAGAAGAAUAUUAAACAUGUGCUUCGGACCAUUGAAAAGGAUGUGUCAUUGGGGACCAAUUGCUGCAUUUGUGAUUAUCAAGCUUGUCACCCUGAUGACCAUUCACGCAUGCAACAUGUGGUGGCCGCCGUACAACAGUGUUGGAGGUUUUAUCAACAAAGCCGUGUUUUUGUUGUUCAGUGGACUCACACUGUAUAACCUCAUCACCGCCAUCUUUGAGGGGCCGGGAUACGUACCCCUCAAGUGGGUUCCGGAGGAUGUGAGGGAUGAAGCUUAUCUGCAGUUUUGCAAAACUUGCCAAGGCUACAAAGCUCCUCGGGCCCAUCACUGUCGGAAAUGUGGCAGGUGUGUUAUGAAGAUGGACCACCAUUGUCCUUGGAUCAACAACUGUGUAGGUCAUCAGAAUCAUCUUCACUUUACAAGUUUCCUACUGUGCGCUGUCAUUGGCUGUGCUCAGUCUACAGUCAUUCUCAGCUGUACUCUCUACAGGGGCUUCUAUAGAAUGUGGUACCUGUACCAUGGCAUCGAACCCCUUGUGACAUUCAACAUAUACAGUUUAGUGUUUACUGUGUUUGCCCUCGGACUGUCAAUAGGAGUUGUUCUUGCUGUCGGGAUGCUGUUUUAUUUCCAGAUGCGAGCCAUACUUCGCAACCGAACCGGAAUCGAAGACUGGAUCGUGGAAAAAGCAAUACAUCGAAGAAGGCCAGACGAUUCAUCAUUUGUCUACCCAUAUGAUUUGGGGUGGAAGAAAAAUUUCACUCAGGUGUUCAGCUGGGGUGGUGUCAACAGAGGGGAUGGAAUAACAUGGCCUGUUGUAGAGGGAUGUCAUCAGUACUCACUUACUAUAGAGCAAAAAGAACAAAAAGGAGAAAAAAGACAGAGAACUAGGGCAUAUAGCGUGGUUUACAGGUAUAGUGGGAGAUGGUUGCCUGUAGUCCAUGGCUGGAGGACAUGCUGUAACAUUCCAUUCACUGAUGAGGCCAGAAUAACCUUGGAGCCAGGGGACUCUGUAUUGGUGACUAGGUGGCGACGGUACUGGUUGUUUGGUGAGAGAUCAUCAUCAGAUGGGUCCAAGGCUAGGGGUUGGUUUCCAAGAUGCUGCGUGGUCGAGAUUUCCGCCUGUCCCGACAAUGCAGAUUUUCCACAAAACGCCAGCACCAAGAAAACGCAAUAGAAUAUUCCUCUAUGGACUGGUUUUUAUGUACCUGAUGUGAAAACUGUCGAGUGUUCGUAUGUUUGUGUAAGGAAGUACUUAUUUAGCAGUUGCUUGAUUGUAGAUUGUAAGUAAUUUUUGGCAAUUAUGUAACUCAGUACCGUAGAGUCUCCAUUGUCCAACAUAAAUCGGCUGCUACAAGGAUAAGGGGGUAACACAAGAAAUUACCAAAACAAUUGUAAACAUGUUUAAAGUUAAUUUUAUACGUUUAAAUAUGUAUGUACAAUCUAAUAAGUAUUUUAAA